AUGAACAUCGCGCUCACGUUCCUGGAGCCACCGGCAGCUCACCAGAAAGAGAAAUCGUACGAAAUCCAUUUUGAAGUCCCCGGGAGUUUCCGCUCGUCAAAUCUUGAUCUCAAACAACACCAUGGCAUCCACAUAACGGACGUGCGUGGAAGGGAGGAUCAAUUCACACUAGAAGACCACGGUUUCGAAUACAUAGAGGCGCCGACUAGCGCCCUCACUCUGCCAUUGAAGGACCAGGUCUCAGACAUGAAUGAUCCAGCCUUGGGAAGAUACCUCCGGGAGGUCAUUAGCUUGGUGAAACGACGCCUGGGCGGUCACCGAGUUCUUCUGUAUGAUUGGCGACUCCGACGGGAAGGCGUUUCCCCGAUUACUCAGGGUGAACGUCCCAAAGACCGUCUGGCACCAUUGGCCGUUGCGCAUGUCGUUCGUCAAUAUUAUUCACACAAGGGUGGCUUUCCAAAGAGUUGA